GGGUUCCGCCGCCUCUGGAGCCUCAGAGCCCUCGGUCUGGCGUCGGCGGCAGUCGCGGCGGGGGUGGUGUUGGAGCCUCCGGCGCAGCCGCUAUGCUGAGCUCCCGGGCCGAGGCGGCGAUGACUGCGGCCGACAGGGCCGUCCAGCGCUUCCUGCGGACCGGGGCGACGGUCAGAUAUAAAGUCAUGAAGAACUGGGGAAUUAUCGGUGGUAUUGCUGCUGCACUUGCAGCAGGAAUAUAUGUUAUUUGGGGUCCCAUUACUGAAAGAAAGAAGCGUAGAAAAGGGCUUGUUCCUGGCCUUAUCAAUUUAGGAAACACCUGCUUCAUGAACUCCCUGCUACAAGGCUUGUCUGCCUGCCCUGCUUUCAUCAAGUGGCUGGAGGAGUUUACAAGCCAGUACACCCAGGAUCAGAAGGAACCACCCCCACACCAGUGUUUAUCCUUAACACUGUUGCACCUCCUGAAAGCUCUGUCCUGCCAGGAGGUGACCGAGGAUGAGGUCUUGGAUGCAAGCUGCUUGUUGGAUGUCUUAAGAAUGUACAGAUGGCAGAUCUCUUCAUUUGAGGAGCAGGAUGCUCAUGAGCUCUUCCACGUGAUAACCUCAUCAUUGGAAGAUGAGCGAGAGCGCCAGCCCCGGGUCACGCAUUUGUUUGAUGUGCACUCUCUGGAGCAGCAGUCAGAAAGCAUCCCGAAACAGAUAACGUGUCGCACAAGAGGGUCACCUCACCCCACAUCCAGUCACUGGAAGUCUCAACACCCUUUCCAUGGAAGACUUACAAGUAACAUGGUCUGCAAACACUGUGAACACCAGAGUCCUGUUCGAUUUGAUACCUUUGAUAGCCUUUCACUAAGUAUUCCAGCUGCCACAUGGGGUCACCCGCUGACCCUGGACCACUGCCUGCACCACUUCAUCUCAUCAGAAUCCGUGCGGGAUGUCGUGUGUGACAACUGUACAAAGAUUGAAGCCAAAGGCACAUUGAAUGGAGAGAAGGUGGAGCACCAGAGGACUACUUUUGUCAAACAAUUAAAACUGGGGAAGCUCCCUCAGUGCCUGUGCAUCCACCUGCAGAGACUGAGCUGGUCCAGUCACGGUGCGCCCCUGAAGCGGCACGAGCACGUGCAGUUCAACGAGUUCCUGAUGAUGGACAUCUACAAGUACCGCCUCCUUGGACACAAGCCAAAACCGAAGGAUGGCGCGGGGCCCACGUUAGAGCUGCAGGGCAGACCGGCUGCCCUUGAGCCAGUUCUCAUUCAGCCAGGGGCCCCCACAACACAAGUGUUCAUGAAUGGCGCCUGCUCCCCAUCUUUACUGCCGCCCCUGCCAACCCCGAUGGCUCUUCCUCUCCCGGGCGUUCCCGACUGCAGCUCUUCCACGUACCUCUUCCGUCUGAUGGCAGUUGUCGUCCACCAUGGAGACAUGCAUUCUGGACACUUUGUGACUUACCGACGGUCCCCACCUUCAGCCAAGAACCCUCUUGCCACCAGCAACCAGUGGCUGUGGGUUUCUGAUGACACUGUCCGCAGGGCCAGCCUGCAGGAGGUCCUGUCUGCCAGUGCUUACCUGCUCUUCUAUGAGCGUGUGCUUUCCAGGAUGCAGCACCAGGGCCAGGAGUACAAGUCUGAGGAGUGACCGUCCAGCCCGAGGAGAGCCGAGGCAGCUGCCCACACCGUUCAGGAGAGAAGCGAAGUCAUACUGUGUGUGUGUGUGACACAGGCAGCCCCCCAGAGUCCUUCAGCCUUCCAGUGUGUUCUAAGAGUAGGCUCCACACGGGGGCCAGCGCCCCAAUUCUGGCCACGCCAGGCUCCCUGCACAG